UCACCUUUUCUUAACAACCUUCAAAAGAAAGAAAGUAGACAUUAUGGGAGCAUCUUCCUCUGGCUUGCUGGAUGAGGCCAAAAUCAGCCACAUCAAAGGACUGGUUGAUGGUACAUUCCAGAGCUUCAGUGACUUUUACCGUCAACAGUACUCUGUAGCCUACCUUGGACACUUACACCAGGAGGUGGAGCCUAAGAGAGAGGGGAGGGGGUUAUUGCUUACACGGAGGCCUCAGUAUGCUCCUGAGGAGGUGCUGUAUGAAGGGAGCAUUAAGUUCUCCAACUGGGAUGAGCAGUUAAAGAAAUGCAGAGAGAGAUACAUCAUUCUGCGAAGAGACUACAAAGCAGAGAUACAUGACAGCAUGGAGACUUUCAACCGUGGAUGUGUGGCUAAGAUGGUCCUCCAGCUAACGGGGGCAAUUGUGUUCACCAAAGAUGACGAAUCAAGAGCUCACCUUGAGAAAACCUGUGCCGGAAUACUGAAUGGAGUAAAGGAGGACUCUUCUUCGGCAGUCGUUAAUCCAGAUGCAUUUGCUGUGCAUCUCCACUUGGCUUACACAGGCCACACCUGCUUCCUGUUUCAACAAGAGGAGGAGCGAGAUCACUUCCUGUCUGGCCUGAAGACCUGCAUUAGACAUCGCAACCUUGACCCGUGGUGUAAUUCAUCAUAUGAGAGUCAAGCAUAUGCACGAGCCCUCCGACUCUACCGACAAGAGAAAGGAUGCUAUGAAUCCUGGGAAAUGCUGCUGGGCACUGAGGAACAAGUGCUAGCCUCCCAGGUGAUGGAGGAAUUGUUGCCAUGGUUACACAGUCAGCUUCAGUCCAGGAUAAAAGGCAAGAAGACUGAAAGGAUACGGCAAUGGCUCGCAACAGUGCAAGCAACCCACAUGCUGGUGCUGGAAAAGCUGACUGCAGGUCUGGAUGCUCUGAAGAAGGAGUGCCGUCAGACAGCAUCAGAUAAUCAGGCGCUCAUCAGAUCCAAUCUGGACCAGAUAAUGUCCUCUCACUUGUUCCUGGAGCAAAAAGUCAGAGCAUGUGUAUGUGAAGAGGCAGAGAAAGUGUGCAGUGAGUCUGUAGCACCCUACAUGUCCUCCAUCCUUGAAGCACUUACCGAGAACAUAAGCGGAGGUAUUCUUGGGAUGCAGCGCACACUGAAAACACAGAUGGAUUCGGCCUUUUUACACAAAAACGAAGGGACAGAGGAGACAAAGAAGGCCUUGUCCAGUCUACGAUCAAUGCGUCUAGAUCAGUGCUACAAGCAAGUGGAGAACCUGACAGAGAAACUCGAAGCCUUAAAAGAGCGAUUUGGAUUGAGCAGCAUUCAUAGACUGGUUCACUAUGCAAGUCUGGAGAUGGAGCUGUUGCUGGACAGUGCUGUCUACACCUUGGAACAGUUCCUCCAGUCAUCAGCCAGACUGCAGCCCACUCAGGUUCCUGUUAAGUUGAACAGGGCUACAGAAAGAGUGCUGAAGCAGCUGGACUAUGACAGCAGGGUAGUCCAGAGGAGGCUGUACGAGGAAGCCCUGCUGGAGAUCACUCUGCCUACUCUCACCAGGAAGAUGGACAGCAAGUGGAAAACUGAGCUGCAACAGUUUGAGCAGUACAUUUUCGCUGACUACAGCAGUUUUAUCCUGGUUCAUAACAUUUACGAUGAUGUUCUGAAAACCAUUCUCAGCAAGCAGAUAGAGACAGCUGUCCAGGAUGCAGCUAGUAAGAAGAGCAACAAUCUCCUUUUGGACACUUCAGAUCUUGCAAUUAGUCAGUACAGUUUGCUGGGACAGACGCCUCCAAACUCUGCACCAGACAGCCCAUCCGUUCAUGCCCGACAGUCCUCCUCAGCCAUGCCCACUGAUGAUCAAGAAACUAUUUCUGCAGUGGAAGAAAAAAGUCAGACAGUUGAUGUUUGCCCCCAGAGCAAGACAGAAGGUAACACUGAUAGUGAAUGUGACCAGACACAUGUCUCUGACCAGAGCACAGUGCUUCUUUCUCCAGUCAUUAUCGUGACACAACAGUUGGGUGAAACUGGCAGCAAAGAGGACCUGUUCCUGAAGGAAACCAUAGAAGUUCAGAUCACAACUGAUGCAUCUUCUACAGCAACAGAGCCAACAAUAGCAAAUAGAUCAGACACAGACGCAAAUGUUACAUAUGAAGUCAACGCACCCGAGUUAUCUGCUGAACAAGGACCGACCAUCCCAGACUCUCUGGAGUCGUCCCCUCUGGUCUCACCUCAGACAACAGAGAUCCAAGUUCAAAGUGAAUCUGCUAUGCCUGACCUUUCAGUCUCAAAUCAGCCAUCAGAAGAGGAUUCUUCCAUCCAGCCUGCCUUACCAUCACACCCACCUGAUGCAGAUAGUCCAGUAAAAAUCAGCCUCGGAUCACUAAGUGAGGCAAUUGCUUGCAGUUCCUCAGAACCUUCUGUUAUGCCAAUGAUGGGACAGCAGACCACUGACAGAGCAGUCUAUUUGACAGGAGAACUUAAAGACAAUUGGGAGGUGGAGAGAGUAAAAGAGGAGAAACACAAAGAUGAAGCAGAAAUUGAGGGGCGUGAGACAAUUCAAGCAGGGGAAGAACAGAGAGAGAAAGAAGAGGUAACAGAGGAAGAAACAGGUGAGGGGCAGAUGGAGAUCCAAACAGGAGGUGAGCCUGCUGAUGACAGUUGCAGAUCAUCUGGAUCACCAGUGGAGACCGCCACUGUCUUAAACACAGAGCAGAGAAAGAAUAAAGAGAUGAUGGAGGAAGAAGUGCCAAGCAGUGAACUCGGGGUUGAAAAUAAAAAGGAUGAAGCAGUCACAGAGAAAGGAGAUUCUACAGAAGAAAAAAAAGAAGAGGAUAAACCAGUGGAGAGUGCUAAUGAGCUACCAUCGGACAGCGUGGCUUGCAUCAGAGAACUUGUGGUUGAGAUUAUUGAGAUAGAAACAACAGUCUCCCCUGUUGCUGACAGCAGCAACAAUCUCUGAAACAAACAUUAAAACAGCAAGAGCAGGUCCAGGCCGAUGAUUCCCAACCAGAUACAAGUCACUUCAAUAAGCCUUACAUUUUCUAAUUAUUCCAGACAGAAAUUUGUGAUGAUUUAAUUAAUGUGCCAUGUUUUCAUACAACAGUAAACAGCUGAAAAAUGAAAU